UCUAGUGGUUGUUAUCGGAACCGUUGGUUGGCUUUAGGAUCCGCACUUUUAAGUGGAUAAGGUCCCGAUUUUCUGGAUUACUGAAUUUCGCCACGGCAUAUUGGGAAUGGUCGGCUGGACCUUUCUGUAGUGGCAGGCCCUAAGAUGGCAACCUACUCUGUGACUAUACAGGCGCACUCAGAACAGGAGCAGCUUCGCCUUUCUGAAAAUGCAGACCGCUACAGGAACUACUUUGGGCAUCUUACGAAUUUGACCGACGGUGGCAAUGUACUAAAAGUUCUUGGUCCGGCGUGCUGGACGGUCAUUGUAAGAACUUCCAUUUUCGUAUGUUUCGUAAAAGGUUCGGCACCUUAUGGAACUAGGAAUUGGACUGCAACAUGUCCUGUCAUUUUUAGUCUAGCAAAAGGUAAGACGGUGCUGCACCAUAAUGGAACUGCGGCUCCAUAAAUUCGUUUUUCGCAGAGGAAAAGCCCCAUGUUCGGCAUCCAAAAAAGUGUGCUUAGUAAAUGUUCGUCUGUCGAUUUGCAGGAUGAUCGGCUCGGAGUGCAUGCAGGCGUUGCAUUUUGUCAGCAAUGCUGAUUGCAUAUUAGUUAAUGGCUCUAUAAGGAUGUGUGAUUCCCUCGCGCACGUACGUGUCUACUCUAUGAGUAUUGUUACAAAGUACAACGACAUCACUCAGCACUACCUCACCUCCACUGCAUAUAUGUUUACUUGGAUCUUCAGAAAAGGGCAAGACCACCCACCCCCACCCCCAGUUUUUUGGUGCGUUUUUUGUAAGUAAGCGUGCGACGUAUUUUUAUUUUGUUGACAGACUUACUCUUGUAAACAGCACAAAGACAGGCAUAUGGAUAUACGCAGGAGAGACUUGGCCGUACGGUACGGGGCUAAUCAUCUCCAAUCAUCUCCUGCUCCGAACAGCCCCGACGUGCUGCGAGUGUUCUACCAUCCAGGAAUUGUGUGGGUUUUUGUUUCGACUCGCUUCCAAAAUAUAGUUUUGAUUCCUAUUUAUUCUGUCCCUUUUGGAUGACUGUCCUGAAAUUGAACAGUGAGUUGGAGAAUG